AAGCCUCUUAUUCUAAUAACACUAUGACAUUUUCGUUGCCACCUGCCACAAAUUCAGAGGUUGACGUCGCCUCAGUGAAUUCUUUCAGAACAAUCGAUACAAACCAAACCGGUGAUCAAGAAAGUUUGUCUUCGGAUUUCACGGACCGUGCAAACGAACCACAGGGUUUGAUUAAAUUGCUUUGCGAAAUUGAUGAAACAGCAACUUUUUUUAAAAAAAGGGCAGCAAUUGAAGAUGAAUAUGGCAGAAUGAUGAUUAAGCUGGCCAAAAGUAUGCAAGAAG